CGUUGCAGGUUUCAUCCGGAUGUUUUUCUGAGGCGGUGAAAAGUGACGUGCUGCAAACAGGCUCUGGUGGUUUUUCUUUUAACUACAAAACUGUGAAACUGGAGCCAUCGCAACGAGAAGCCCUCCACGGCGAAGAGACGUGUUUGUGAGUCUAUGAAGACAGGCCCAACAUCAGCAGCUGCCGGGUUAUGAAAAGCUACUUCCUGUUCGCUGAGAGCUGCCUCUCUCUCUCUCACUCACAUGCGGGCACGUCACCAGAUGUCCGAGGCGUUGUGCUGGGGAAUUCUCUACUUGUUGGCAGUCGCAGUGGCGCUGACGUCAGAAACCCGCCGGCCGUGUCCACAGUCCUGCCGCUGCGACGCCGAGCUGCUGGAGGUGAACUGCUCUCGCGGUGGACUCAGCACGGUGCCUGACGAUCUGCCUCAAGACGCCAAAACGCUCAACUUAACGCACAAUAACAUCAAGACUCUGGUGCAUCAGCAGUUCCAGAGUUUGACACAACUUUUAGAUUUGGAUUUAAGUGACAAUCUUCUGACUGUAGUUGAACUUGAGGCCUUUCUCGGCCUGCGAAGCCUGCAGACGCUGCGUCUCGCCCGCAACCGCCUGAAGAUCAUUCCCGUUGGAGCGUUGGCCGGUUUGCCGAACUUGCAGCUGCUGGACAUCAGCAGCAAUGAGAUCCUCGUGCUCCUCGAUUUCACUUUCCGUGACUUGGCCGCCCUGCAGUGUCUUAUAGCAGCGGAAAACGACUUUGUUUUCGUCUCUCAUCAAGCUUUCUCUGGACUGACCAGUCUACAGGAGCUGCACAUCGACGGCUGCAACCUCACUGCUGUGCCGACGGAGGCGCUCACCCAGCUCGGCGUGCUGAGGAGCCUUCGCUUUCACCGCCUGGGCCUCACCACGCUGCCAAACUAUUCCUUCCAUCAUCUCGUGCGCCUCAAGGUGCUGGCCAUUUCUCAUUGCCCCUGGUUGGAGACGCUGACUGGAAACAGCCUCUUCGGCCUGAACCUCACAUCCCUCACUAUCACACACUGCAACCUCAGUGCCGUGCCCUACGUCCCCUUGCAUCAUCUGGUAUAUCUCGUGCACCUCGACCUUUCCUUCAAUCCGAUCACUCACAUUCACGGGAACCUGCUCGGAGACCUGCUGCGGCUCCAGGAGCUCCAUCUGGUCGGCGGAUCGUUGCUACGCAUCGGAAUCGGAGCAUUCCGGGGGCUAGCGCAUUUCAAGUUGCUGAAUGUAUCUAGAAACCUUCUCACCACCCUCGAGGCCGGUGCUCUUCAAUCAGUGGACGCCCUAAAAACUCUGGGGCUUGAUAAUAACCCACUGGCAUGCGACUGCCGUUUGCUCUGGGUGGUGCGAAGACGCCUGCACCUGGACUUUGGCGGACAGUCCCCCACUUGCACUACCUCUCUCCAGCUGGAGGCCUGGAAUUUCCUGGACUUUUCUGACGCCGAGCUCCCGGGCCUGCUCACCUGUCGCCGGCCGCAGAUUCUGAACCGCAAACCUCAAGAAGUUAAAGUGGAUCAGGGGCACACGGUGGUGUUCUACUGCGAUGUGGAAGGUGACCCUCUGCCGUCUGUAAGCUGGCUAAACCCACUGCUGAGACCUUUAACGCCCACUGGUAGAAUACGGACUCUCUCUAAUGGCUCGUUGGAGGUUCGCUAUGUGCAGCCUCAAGACAGCGGCACUUAUCUCUGCGUGGCGUCCAAUGCGGCAGGAAAUGUCAGCCUGGCCGUCAGCCUUCGAGUCCGAGCCUUUCCGUCGCCACCUCGUUUUAAAGGUUGGUUCUCCCUCCCGUCCCCCGCCCCGGGGUUGGAGGGAAAUCAGAAACACCCAUUUGAUGUCAAGACUUUGCUGAUAGCAGCAGCCAUUGGGCUCCUUUCAUUUUUCAGUUCUGUGAGUGUAUGUUUCAUUUUCAUGUUCUUCUGGAGUAAGAGCAAAGGCCAACUGAAGCACACGGCCACCAUCGCGUACGUGCCGCGCAGUUCCGGCUCGAGCAGUAACGGGGGCAAAGGGAAUUAUAUGGAGACAAGCAGGUUCACCAUGAAACUGAUAUGAGUCAAUAAAGAAAAUGUCCAUUCUAAGCAAUUCUAAUAAAUCACAGUUGAUUUUUAAUGUCAUGUUAAUUUGUGUGCAGUAGCUGAAAAUUAAUACUUUCAUGUAUGUGUGAGAACAUUACCUAAUAUUUCUGUUGCAAAGAUUAUUUUUUUGCUGCUUUCUGCUCAUCUGGGAAAAAUAACAACCAAAGUCGGUGGAAUAAAAAUACACAAUGCAGAUAUAUACAUUUAUUUGUUGACUGCCUGUUGCAAUUAUUUCCCAUUGUUAAGGUUUAUUCAUAGAAACUAUUUGAGAUCUCAGUACACAAAAAGUAGAAUACAACAGUUCAUAUCCACGUCUGGUUCAAUUAUCUUAUGUUCUUUUAUUUUUCAGUUUUAUAGAUAUAGAUAUUGACUUAUUAGAUAACAAGAAUAUAACAGAGAAACCUUAUGUUAAGGUUAAUGUGUAAAACACUUGCAUGUC